AUGAAGUCCAUCAUUGCUGUCUGCUCCCUUUUGGUCGCAUCCGUUGCUGCCGUACCACUUGAAGCUCGGACUGCUCAGUCUGUCACAUUUGCACUCUCCAACGACAAGUCGGGUGCCUAUGCAGGUGCCGCUUUCUCUGCCGAUGGCACCGACAAAACGAUCACCUCCCUCUUCGGUACAUCAUCUGUGGCAUCGGGUGGCCAUGUUUGGGCUACAUCUUCCCAGCUGACGGCGUUCCCCCAAACAAUCAACUGUGUUCUUAAGAACAAUGGAGCUGUUCUCACCACCCUGACUGCCCAGCACACCUACUUUGAUCUUGACGGAAACCCGAGUGCUGCUAUUCCAGUCGAUCUCACCGGCGCAGUCAUCAACUGCAGCGCUUAG